AUGAGUUGUUCCUAUGCGCCAACCAGGCCAAACCUCCCUUCCUCCGGAAAAGGCAUCUCAGCUCUGACGCCCACGCAGCAUCGCGGCAAUAGCUGCGUUGCACAGGCAGCUACCCUGCGCAGGUCGCAAGGAGACCUGCACAGGCUGGCCACCAUGCUUUCCCCGCACAUGCUUCUCUGCGGCAGGUAUGCGUAUGAACCUGCACAGGUAGGUCGAAGACGACCAGAGACCGCCGUUCUCGUCAAGCUGCGCAGAAUCCCGAUACCUGUGCAGGCGCCUGGGACCAUACAUCGCGGUCCUCACAAGGACAGAUGCCGUGAAGCGCGCUCGCUGUCGGCACGACCUCUUUUCAAAGUCCGCGGCCUCUACUAG